AUGGCGACCGCUCCCCCCGCUGGGGCCCCCGCCCCCGACGGUCGCGAUGUCGAGAAGGACGUCGUCCUGAGCUCGCCCAACGCUGUGCUGGCCGACGACUCCAAGGUCGACUCGGACGAUAACUCGUCAAACGUGCUCGAGGGUAUCAAGCAAGUGGAAGCGAUCACGUCGGUUUGGUCUAAGAGGGCGCUAUGGACUACCUUCGUCUUGCUAUGGAUCGUAUCGUUCGUCUCCGACCUGUUGUCGUCCGUCGAGGGCGCAUUGUCGCCAUACGUCACAUCCGCCUUCGCCAGACACGGACUCUUGGGAGUCAUCAACAUCGCCGCGCGAGUUAUUGGUGGCGUCGUCACGCUGAGUCUCGGAAAGAUCAUCGAUAUCCGAGGCCGUAUGGAGGGCUUCAUCGGAUCCCUGUUUCUCAUCACCAUCGGUAUGAUCAUGAAGGCCACGUGCCAGAACGUCGAGACGUACGCGGCCGCCCAGGUCUUCACUUGGGUCGGCAAGGUGGCCCUCGGCUUCGUCGUCGAUGUCUUCGUAGCCGAUAUCACGACGCUCAAGAAUCGAAGUCUCAUCUUCGCCCUCAACUCCACCCCUAACCUUGCCACCACCUUCGCCGGUCCCAGAAUCGCCCAGCUCUUCUUCGAGCAAGUCAAUUUCCGAUGGGCCUUCGGCGCCUUCGCCAUCAUCUUGCUCGGGUCUUCCAUCCCGGUCAUUGUCAUCCUCUACUACCACGAGCGGAAGGCGAGGCAGAUGGGCCUCAUUCGCCCGAAAUCGGGCCGCACGCGCCUGCAGUCCUUCGUCCAUUAUGUCAUCGAGUUUGACCUUGUCGGCGCGAUUCUCAUCUCCGGAGGCUUCACGUUGAUAACCCUCCCGUUCAGUCUUGUGAGCUCGAGCUCGCACUCGUGGAGGAGCGCUAGCAUCAUCAUCAUGAUCGUGUUCGGCGUGAUCGGCCUCGCUGCGUUCGCGGUCUGGGAGAAAUACUUCUCCCGCGUCAAGUUCUUCCCCUUCGAAUUCCUCAAGGACAGAACGUUCCUGGGAUCGGUGCUGUCUCACUUCUUCGUUUUCAUGACUACCUUUGUCUGGGACGCCUACUACAGCUCUUACCUUCAGGUUGUUCACGGCUUGGACAUCACUAUCUCGAACUACGUGCUGAACGCCUACUCGCUCACCUCCUACGUCGCUGGCCCAUUCAUCGCCUUGUAUAUCCGCUGGACUGGCCACGUCAAAUACCCGGCUCUUGCCAGCGCCCCUAUCUACUUGCUCGGUACCGCACUCAUCGUCUACUUCCGAGUUCCCUCCUCGCCAGUCGGCUAUCUCGUGAUGUGCCAGGUCCUUGUUGGUUUCGGCGCCGGCGUGUUGUCUCAGACGGGGGUCCUUGCUGCUAUGGCGUCGGUAAGGCACCAAGAUGUUGCCGUCGCUCUCGCCAUCUACGGCCUGUUUGGCUCCGUCGGCUCCUCCGUCGGCUACGCAAUCGCAGGCGGCAUGUGGACAAACAUUCUCCCCGCCAAGCUAUACGAAUUCCUACCCGAGGACAGCAAGCACUUGACGGCUGAGAUCUACGGCGACAUUCAGAAACAAAUGGCGUACGACUUCGGGACCCCCAUCCGAAACGCUGUAAUCGCGGCGUACGGCGAUGUCAUGAGGAAGAUGGUCAUCGUCGGUUCUGCACUUAUACCUCUGGUGAUCGCUACCGUCUUUAUCUGGAGGAACAUCAACGUCAAGAAGCUUGAGUCCGAAGAGAAGAAGGAGAGGGGAAACGUGUUCUAA